CAAUUGCAUUGUUGUGUACAACCUGCCACUCCUCGUGAGGUUUCCUGGGCCUCUCUCGAGCUCCUCUCGACAUCCUCUCCCUUCGCUGCCUUUCCUGACCCAGCUCGACAAUCUCCGCCCUUGACCCGCGCGUCUUCACGUCGCCGCUCUUUGGCGCGUAGGCUCUCGAAAGAGGCAGUUCUGCGCCAUGAAGGGUUUCAGGCAAAGGGUUCUUUCGAGAGCCAAAGAUCCGAGCAAGUCAUCUAAAAAGAAGGACUCGUCAUCUGGCACGGCUUCACCCUCUCAUGGUUCUUCCAACACGCCCGUCCACUCCCAGUCUCCUUCCGGUUCGAAUCAUGGCACACCCACAUCCUCGACAACUGCGGUGAACGAUACUCGGAAUAAGUCGGUGGGUCCCAAUGAGGGCUCCCAAGCAGGAGGUAACCAUGUGCACCAGUCGCUGCCGCCGCAGGCUGGCCUUCCUGGUGCCCCCUCUCAAAAUCAUUCCUACAUAAACCAGCAGCAAGCAAUGGCCGGAGGGGCUGCGAAUCCUUCUGGAGCUCCAAGUACUCCUGGACGACAAGGGCUGCCGUUGGCGCCGAGUGUCGUUAUCAGCCCGAGUGCGCCUCACAUCCCCCCCCCAGGUGCCGCCGAGACUAUGCCUGGCGACUUGGCCCCCCCCAAGGCUGGCCAAAAAUCGCUACUUUUUGACCGGCUGCAGACAACUCCCAAGGACGUUCCAGAAGGCAUCCGAACACCAAAACGACAACAUUCUUCUCGAUUUGAUAUUUCUGAUCAGCGACAACGGGAACUCGAAAAGCUUCCAGGUUUCCACGAGGUGCCGCCCAAUCGGCGCCAGGAGCUGUUCAUGCAGAAGAUUGACCAAUGUAACAUCAUCUUCGAUUUCAACGACGCCAGCGGUGAUAUGAAGUCCAAGGAAAUAAAACGGCUAGCGCUCCAUGAGCUGCUCGAUUAUGUGGCCAACAAUCGACAAGUCAUCACCGAACCCAUGUAUCCUCGUGUGGUUGAGAUGUUUAGCAAGAACCUCUUUCGGCCAAUUCCUCCGCCGGUCAAUCCCCAAGGUGAAGCCUUCGAUCCCGAAGAGGAUGAACCUGUACUAGAGGUUGCUUGGCCGCAUAUACAGGUCGUUUACGAGUUCUUCCUGCGAUUCAUCGAAAGUCAAGACUUCAAUACAAACAUUGCCAAAGCCUAUAUUGAUCAUCAAUUUGUCCUUCAGCUACUUGAAUUGUUCGACUCCGAAGAUCCGCGCGAGCGCGAUUUUCUUAAGACCACUUUGCACCGCAUCUAUGGCAAAUUUCUAAACUUGCGCUCUUUCAUCAGACGGUCCAUCAACAAUGUCUUCUUCCAAUUCACCUAUGAAACGGAGCGUUUCAAUGGAAUUGCCGAGCUGUUAGAAAUUUUGGGUUCAAUCAUCAACGGAUUUGCGCUACCGCUUAAAGAGGAACACAAGCUCUUCCUGACACGCGUGCUCCUUCCUUUGCACAAGGUCAAGAGUCUGAGCAUGUAUCAUCCGCAAUUGGCGUAUUGCAUUGUCCAAUUCUUGGAAAAAGAUGCUGGUUUGACUGAAGACGUUGUUCUUGGACUUUUGCGGUUUUGGCCCAAGGUUAACAGCACAAAAGAGGUCAUGUUCCUGAACGAGGUGGAGGACAUUUUCGAGGUCAUGGAUCCUGCCGAGUUUGCUAAAAUUCAGGAACCGCUUUUUCAACAACUGGCCAAAUCUGUUGCCAGCCCACAUUUUCAGGUUGCCGAACGUGCCUUGUAUUUCUGGAACAACGAGUACUUCUGUAAUUUGGUCAGCGAUAACGUCGAAAUCAUUCUCCCCAUCAUGUUCGCUCCCUUAUAUGAGAACUCAAAGGGUCAUUGGAACCGAACGAUCCAUGGAAUGGUGUACAACGCCAUGAAGCUUUUCAUGGAGAUUAACCCUCAGCUUUUUGAUGAGUGUUCUCAUGAGUAUACCGAAAUGCAGAACAGUGCCGAGGACAGGCAGCGGUUGCGAAAAGACAAAUGGGCCAAGCUUGCCGAAAUGGCCCAACAGAGCAAAACUGUCACGGCAACCGAAAACUUGCCAGCUGCAAAGAACCCAACCGACGACAUCGACCCCAUGACGCAGGAUAGCCAAAGUCGGCUAGAUGCCUUGAAAUUACAAGAUGAGAUCUCACCGGUGAAGGGCCAAAGACCUCGGGAUCAUGAAAGGCAGAAUUCGGUAGGCACUUCUAGAAGUCAGCGAUGAUUGCAUCUCUUUCUCUCUCUGCCAUUCUGCUCUCUUCCUGUCUCUUCCCCUUUGUCAUACAGCUUUGCUACUUUCAAGUGUCAGGGCAUGGGUUGGACUUUUUUCACGAGCAUCUCUUUUCUCACAAUGUUUCUCAUCAUUUCUUCUUCUUUGCUCAUGGUCAUGGUUCCUGCACCUAUGGUGCUGACCAUUAUCGCCAUUGCUAGAGGCGGCGUCGACAGUCUUCGGGCGAAUCAUCAAGACCUCAGCAACACCCCAUCAUUCCGGU